AUGGAUGAACGCGCGGCCCUGCUUCAGUUCCCAGGAGCUGGCUCCAUCUCCGGCGACAAUUGUGACCAUCACAAACAGUUCUGCCAACUCGUUGGUGUCCGCCCAGUCGAUCACCCACACGACGAGCCGCACAAACCUCGGCCUCAGUCGCUCUAUGGCCGCGCUCUCCAUCGCCGGAGCGCCCAGAACUGCACCUACAUGUUUACCGCCACCUUGAUCAACACCCUGCUGCUCACUCAGGUGGUUCUCGGCGCCGCCUUGACUGGAUUGGGAGCCAGCAACAGCAGUAGAAUCCUCAUUACCGUAUUUGGUGCGCUCAACACAAUCAUCGCCGGCGUCGUUGCAUUCCUCAAGUCCAGAGGCCAGCCUAUGCGUGCUCGCAUGUUCCGCGAUGAUCUGUCCCGCGUAGUUGACGAAAUAGAGAACUCGGCUGUCAUGUGGUACGGCAUCAGCGGCGCCGCGCACGGGUACGAUGCGAUUGAUACCGAUGAGCAGGUCACAGUGCGCAGCGAGGUAGCCCGCCUCACUCGCCUAUACGACAAGGCCGUCAAGACGAACACCAUGAACGAUCCGGACAUGUACUCGGCGGGUGGCAUGGAUCAGUACUCUGCCGGUCUCAGGAAGAACCCAACACAGGCCCAGCCUGGUCCCAACUUCAUCGCCGCCGUCGUCCCUACAGAAUCUGGCCCUGCUCCUCUCCCUCCCCCGCCUGCACCGGCACCAGCGCCGCCCGCCGACCCGGAUGCCAGUCCUGCGAGCAAAGCACCCGAGCCAGCCAAACCCAAGGAAGGAAGCAAGCCGCCCUCUACCACCGAGUCUUCAGAGAACAGCAACAAAGCCAGCACCCCUCCCCCGGCCGAACCGUCACCAUCCGAGCCAACACCCGAAGACAAGGGAAAAGAGGCAGCCGUCGCCAGCUUGUCCGCUUCAGCCGCACCUCCUCCAACACCCUCCCCAGCACCGCAUACACCCAUGGACGAUCCCGACGCAAGCCCUGCGAGCUUCGGCCAUCUACCAAAAAGGGAAGAGACCAACAAGACUCUCGUCGAUUAG